CUUAUGUUACUGUAAGGAGCUUAUUGCUUGCCUCUUUCUCAGGCUCAAUCCUUUCUCCUCCCUCUUAAGAGUGCAGCCUGCAAGCACACACCUGAUACAUACAUCUUUUAAAAGGUCCAGCCUCAACCAGACGCGAAGAUGUGUGACCAAACGUUUUUGGCCAUCACGUUUGGACCGUGUGAUAACUGCAGUCAAAACAAACCUCUGAUGAAUAUAUAUCUGAAGAAUGAGCCCAUCAACUACUGCUCACUGUGUGUGGAGCUGAUGGCCUGUCAGGGACUGGCGAAGGGCGAAACCACCAACACGCUGAAAGCGGAGUCCGAGUCUCUGAAAGCCAAAUUAGAAGAGGAGAGAGCCAAACUGCACGACGUCGAGCUGCAUCAAGUGGCGGAGAAGAUAGAUGCUCUGGGUCAGUUUGUCAUGAAGACCAGGAGAACCUUAAAAGGACAUGGGAAUAAAGUGCUGUGCAUGGACUGGUGCCGGGACAAGAGAAGAAUCGUCAGCUCCUCGCAGGAUGGAAAAGUCAUUGUGUGGGAUGCAUAUACAACCAAUAAGGAGCAUGCGGUCACUAUGCCCUGCACCUGGGUCAUGGCAUGUGCUUAUGCCCCUUCUGGCUGUGCUGUGGCUUGUGGUGGUUUGGAUAAUAAAUGCUCGGUCUAUCCUCUUUCUUUGGAUAAAAAUGAGAACUUGGCAGCUAAGAAGAAAUCUGUGGCCAUGCACACCAACUAUCUUUCUUCCUGCAGCUUCACCAACUCUGACAUGCAGAUUCUGACAUCAAGUGGUGAUGGGACGUGUGCAUUAUGGGAUGUUGAGAGUGGGCAGCUGCUGCAGAGUUUCCAUGGUCACUCAGCUGAUGUUCUUUCAUUGGACCUCGCACCCUCUGAAACAGGAAACACCUUUGUAUCAGGGGGCUGUGAUAAGAAGGCUAAUGUGUGGGACAUGCGCUCGGGACAGAAUGUUCAGUCCUUUGAAACGCAUGAGUCUGACAUCAACAAUGUGAAGUAUUACCCUAGCGGAGAUGCUUUUGCGACUGGAUCUGAUGAUGCUACUUGUCGUCUGUAUGACCUGCGAGCUGACCGUGAGGUUGCCAUCUACUCCAAAGACAGUAUCAUAUUUGGAGCCUCUAGUGUGGACUUCUCCCUCAGUGGCCGAUUGCUGUUUGCAGGAUAUAAUGACUAUACAAUUAACGUCUGGGAUGUCCUGAAAGGUACCAGAGUGGCAAUUCUCUUUGGCCACGAAAAUCGGGUGAGCACUGUCAGAGUUUCACCUGAUGGUACCGCGUUCUGCUCGGGAUCAUGGGACAACACUUUGCGGAUCUGGGCUUGAGGGGUUGUUCUGCACCAGUGUAACAAGAUAUUUGUACUUCGGCUUCUCAAUAUCACAACACACAGUGGGACUGUAGGGAUUCUUAUUUAGAGAUGCUGAAUUUUUUAUUAUCUUGGCACAAUUAGAUGUCUCUUUUCCUUGGCUUCUCACCAAUAGAUAAUAUUUUUUUAAUUAAAAACCUAAAUGUUUUAAUAUAAUCUACUUUUGUAGGUAUAUUUUAUGGUAAUGAUUUGAAGAGAGUUAAUUUUAGUACUUGGAAAUUUGGUCUAGCUCAAGCACAUAUAUCUAGAAAUCUGAAAUGUACUUUAAUAAAUGAGUUUUGCCUGCACUAGAAUGUCAUAAAUAUAGAUAAAUGUUUAAUGUGUUUUGUUUUUUCAUAUCAAGUGUAAUACAGUUCAUCAAAAUCAGCAGUAAGUAAUCACAGUUAGCUGAUUGCUUUGUCUGUUCACAUCAGUAUUGUUACCAGUUUCCUGAAAAAAUACCCUAUAUGUUUACUUUUGUUUACGCUCUCUAGUUGUAAAAUGUUUCACUGUAUUCAGGAGAAUUAAAGGUAAUUUCCUGUA